AUGUCCUUCGCUGGCGCGCCCACAAAUGAAGACAGCGAGAGCUCGCUUCCACCUGGAUUCAGGUUCCAUCCCACAGAUGAGGAGCUCCUCUCCUUUUACCUACCCCGCAAAAUCGGCAACCAGCCCAUCCCGCUGAACGCGAUCGGCGACAUUGACAUGUACGGAUUCGAGCCGUGGGAGCUUCCAGGAAAGGCGAUGGUGUCGCUCAACGGUAGCGAUGAGUGGUUCUUCUUCGCGUCGCGCGACAGAAAGUACCUCAUGGGCACGCGCGCCAAUCGGAUGACGUCAUCCGGCUACUGGAAGGCCACGGGGAAAGACCGGCCCGUGUACGCCUCGCGAAAGGAGGGAAACGAAUCCCAAGGCGGCCGGGAGGAGAGCGAGUCGGUUAAAGAUGCCAAAAGCGGCCGCAUUGUCGGGUAUAAGAAGGGCCACGUGGUCUACAAAGGCAGGGCGCCGCGGGGGGAAAAGACGGCUUGGGUGAUGCACGAGUACCGCCUCGUAGAGCCUAGUGACGACCCGGACUCGCUGAUCGGUAGUACCGUUGAGGAAGCUUCGCAUGGUGGCGCCGUUAGUGGCAAGUCAAGUGAGGGCGGUAGGAAAGCAGCGUCGGGACGAGCUGGGGUUCCUCCCCAGGCGAUACAGCGACAGAAGCAGCAGCAACAGCUCCUGCGGCAGCAGCAGCAGGGGACGUCCACGUGGGUCGUGAUUCGCCUCUACAAACGCGACGCGAUCCCGUUUCAGGGCGACACGGCGAAGCGAAGCAAGCUGGGCAAUCUGAGGAAGGGGCUUUCAACAUCGCACCACGUCAAGUCGAUGUCCUUGCCUUCGUCCCCGCAGGAACUCGCAUCCGCCAAGUCGUGGCCCGCUUCGGACUCCCUCGAUGACGGUGUGGAUGCGGAAUCUGCGGAGGAUGACAUCACCGCUGCCGAGGAGAGUGAUGGAAUGAAUGUGGCGCCUGUAGGCGAGGGACCCAAUGACGCGGAUCUACUGCAUGGUAGUAGCAGAUUCGUGACGCGGGUUACUACAGCGAGCUCUGAUAUCGUCGGCAGGCACAGCGAGGAGGGUACAUUCUCCGGAGACGACGGGAGAAUCAGCGGAGCGAAAAGUGCGGGGGAGGCUAGUAAUAUUUGGAUGAGGUUGGACAGUGACGGAGGGAGCGUUCCUGACAGUGGACUCUUCUCAACGGAACCACGAAAUGCGAACGCUCAGCCGCAACUUGCGAUCACUGCGAGUGGCAGCAGCGAAAACCCACCGACCUGGAGUUAUCUUGGGUCAGUGCCGGUGGCUCGAGUGCCAUCGGCUCACACCAUCGCGUCGUUGGAAGCGCUUCUGCUGGCAGAUGAUAAUCCCGAUGUCACGGAACAAGUGAGCCACGACGCGAUGACGUGGACCCCACAUGACGUGUCCCAUCAAGUGGAUGUGACCCCGGAUGCGGCUUGGUGGUCUACACCCACGCAGAACGAUGGGCCGUCGGGAGUUGCUGGCGCUCAAGCGGGCUAUGAAACCGCAUCAGUUGCUCUCCUCCCAGGGGUGCAGUUUUCCACUCCACAGGAGCAGCUUGACAAGGAAGUCGCCGAAGCGCUGCAGCAAGUGUCGCACAUGCCUCACUUGCCUCACAUGCAGCACACGACGACAGAAUCAUCCAACCUGGCCUCCCUCCUGUUCGCAAACCUUGCAUCGCCUCCCAUCUUCCAGUCCGUCCCCUUCGUGUCAUUUCCAUCAUCCAUGCCCUUCACUCAGUCCGCGCCAACCACCACCUCUCAUGGAUCGUUCACCCAGCCAAGGGUUGCACAACUUCAGUGA